CUGAUACAAAAGGGAAGAAAGCGCCACCGAAUUAACUCGAAGCUGAAAGGCAAAUCAAUUACUACACUUACUCUGCUUCCCAUUUCAGGAGAGAAAGCAGAGAAGACAGAAUGGGCGAUGGUGGGGAAAGAUCAGUGGAAGGGACACCAACUUGGGCCGUGGCCACAGUUUGCUUCUUCAUCAUCCUCAUUUCCAUUGCUUUUGAGCAUCUCAUCCAUCUCAUCUCCAAGAACCUCACCAAGAAAAGGAGCAGGGCACUGCUUCGGUCAUUGGGCAAGAUCAAAUCCGAAAUGAUGCUGCUGGGUUUGAGCUCGUUGUUUCUGGCGGUAAGCGAGCGGUGGAUUGCAAGCAUCUGCAUUCCCCAUAAGCUCAGCCAAACUUUUCUUCCUUGUGGCUUCCCAACGGGUUCUAGCUCGGUGGAGGACGAGGAACUCAUAUGUGCGAAUCAGGGGAAAGUGUCAUUGCUGUCGAGGCAAGGUGUGCAGCAACUCAAUUACUUGAUGUUCGUGCUGGCUUCAUUUCAUGCCACGUCGUCCAUUCUCAUCUUCAGCUUAGGGAUGGCCAAGGUGAUCAGAAUAAUCAAAGACUCAACUUUUUUAGUGAUUACCGCUGUGAUUUUGACAAGUGCAUUAUCUGGUGGGUUGGAAAGCGACAUCAAUCAAAAUGGAACAGAAUUGGAGUCUCUGUCAAUAUUGUUGAAUGUUUUUCCUCAUGUGGAUGGAUGGACCGUAAUUUUGGCAGAUGAGCAAACAUGCGUUUUGAGGCAGUUUGUUGGGUCGGUCACCAAAGUGGAUUAUCUCACACUCCGACAUGGAUUUAUCAUGGCCCAUUUUGAACAAGAGAUCGAUUUCCAUUUCCAGAAGUUCAUCAAAAGAGCUCUUGAAUCCGACUUCCGUGUUGUGGUCGGCAAGAGGCUAUGGAUUCUGACCUUCUCUGUGCUAUCCAUAUUCUUCAAUGCACACGACUUCCACAGUUUCCUGUGGCUGCCAUUCAUCCCACUGGUGAUGUUACUGGUGGUUGGUACCAAACUUCAAGACAUCAUCACGUCAUUGUGCAUAGAUAGCCAGGGGAAAUCCCAAGUCGUUAGAGGAACCGUGCUCGUUAGACCUAGCGAUCGCUUCUUCUGGUUCGGAUCGCCCAAAUUCCUUCUCCACCUUAUACAUUUCAUACUCUUCCAGAACUCGUUUCAGUUGGCGUUCUUCACCUGGACAACGAAAAAGUUCGGGCCUCGAUCGUGCUUCCACAGAGAAACAGAGAACAUAUCGAUCAGGGUUUUGAUUGGGGUGCUGGUACACUUCCUGGGCGGCUACGUGACCCUGCCGCUCUACGCGCUGGUAACCCAGAUGGGGACGUCGAUGCGGAAGAGCGUUUUCCCGGCUGCGGUGGUGAUCGGCCUGCGGAGGUGGCGGAGGAGAGCCAGGAAGAAUCUGAAGAAAAAGAGGGUGAUUUUGAAGUCGAUGUCGCCACUCGAGGACGAUUCGAUCCGGAGCUCGGAGAUCACUCUCGAGACCUUGCCGUCCUUCGAUUCUCUGGAUUCAGAGUGCCAGGAGGAUUUGGAGUCGGUUGUGAUUGAAUUGAGAAAUAAGGAUGAAGAGGAACGACGGGAGUUAGAGGAAGCUGUUGUUGUGCUGGUUUCUGGGGUCAAUGCCGCCGACGUCGCGGCGAUACCGGAAGUUUCAGGACGGGAUUCCGUAGAUGGCGAAGCUAGAUGAUUCUGGAAGUAGGUAUAGACUUUUAGUGGGUAAUUCUUCCGGGAAAAGGAAGAAAAUAAUUUUAUACUGUCUUUGUAGUUCUACUUCUGCACCUUUUCCAGGUUUGUAUUCUUUGUUUGGAAGUACACGAAAUAACAAACUAACUCAGGGGCUGAGAUCAGGUGACUAAGGGGGUCCCCUUAGUUAUAUGCCUAAGUGAAUCUCAGCCACUCAACCUUAUUAAAAUCCAAGGGCUCCUAUUAGUCUAAUUUAAUGAAGGGUA